GAACGAAACGAAGGGGCAAUUUUACUGUGUUGCGCACUCCCAUCGGACACAGAACGCAUCACCAUUGUCGUCUUCAUCGCACGCAAUUCAACAACCCUAACCAACACCAGAUCCACAACACCAUCGAUUCCUCCAUAUCCUCCAAGGGAUCUGGAUGUGGGUUAUGAUCAAUUGAGAUGUCUGGAGAAUAUGAUUCAGAGCAACCGACUGUAGCGUUGGAUUCAGUGGAUAUUGGAAGCUUAGACGUGGUGGGUGUUGAUUCAGAUGGGAUGUCCGUACAAUAUUCUGAAUCACAGCAUGAUUCGGCCGCCCAAGUCCCCGUUGACAUGGGUGAUUCAGCUAAUGAGGGAUCCGAAUCUCCGGUGCGGGUGGAUUACGUUGACCAAGAUGAUGAUGAUGGGGUGUUGGUGAAAUUAGAUGAUGCGGGAAAGGAGGACAUGUUUGUUGAUGCUCCUGAGGAGUUAACCGCUUAUGAUGGGAGGAAUGUUGAUGGAGGGAGAUCAGUCCAAGAGUAUUCCGAUGAAGAGCACAUUGCACAGGAUGGUCGGCUUCUUGAACUGGGCAAUUUGGGGAAAACUGUGGAUGAGACAGGAAGUGUUCCACGAGAAUAUGAGGAAGAAAGAGAGAUGUUGGGGAAAGAACUUGCUAGUCUUCACCACCAGCUCAAGGCUCUGACAGUUCAGCUGCAAUUGCCGGGUGGAAAUGAUGGUGGGUUGGUUGAUUUUCUUCAUACAUCAGAAAGGGGAGGAAUUGAGGAUAAUAAACCAGUGUUUGAUACCCCCUUAAGUGAGAUGAUAAAUGAGUGCUCUAUGUUUGUUAGAGGUGCUUUGGAAGAACGGUUACAGACAGAAGGCACAAUUAGAGAACUCCAUGCAAUUCUAGUUAUGAAGGAUCAAGAGAUUGAGGAUCUCAACAGAAAGGUCAAUGAACUUUCUGUAUCACACGAUGUUGCUUCUCAGGUUGAACUUGAAAAGAACCAGCACAUUGAGGGUGCCACAAACAGGAUGUUUGCGUCUCUUGGCUCAGUUGUUGAUCAAGAAGAAUUGUGGGAUGAUUCAGUUAGUGGAAAAAUAACUCAUGUUGAGAAAAGUACCACCCAACUAAUUGAGAAAUAUAGCCAGUUCCUUUCUGAAAUUGAUCUACUUAGGCAGCUUUUGACUGAGACUGGCUCUGAUAUCAGGGUGCAAGAGGGUUCUGGGACAAUUUUUUUUGCUGUCCGGGCUGAGUUGCUAGAGCUCAAAAGAAAGGAAGCAGACUUUGUUGAGAAACUAAACCACUUAGAGGGGGAAAAUAGAAAACUGGUUGGACAGCUUGAGAAUGACAAAGUGACAGCAGAGAUGCUGAGUACAGAACUUGGAAAAACAAAAAUGGAGCUUGAGCAGGAAAAGAAUAAAUGUGCUAAUGCCAAAGAGAAGCUUAGCUUGGCUGUGACAAAAGGGAAGGCAUUGGUUCAACAACGUGAUGCACUGAGACAGUCUCUUGCUGAUAAAACUAGUGAGCUUGAGAAAUGUUUAGUUGAUUUGCAAAAUAAGUCAAGUGCCUUAGAGGCUGCUGAACUGAGCAAGGAGGAGUUGGCCAAAAGUGAAAGUCUGGCAUCUUCUCUUCAGCAAGAACUUUCAUGGAAGAAUGCAAUUGUGGAGAAGUUUGAAGAAGUCCUGUCUGGGACCAGUAGAAAUGAGGAGCUUCAAUCAACGGAUAUCUUAGAGAAACUUGGAUGGCUCAUGGAUGAGAGAAAUGUACUGAAGACUGUUUCCUUGGAAUUCCACAAAUUGAGGGAUGCCUUAUCUUUGAUUGAUCUACCAGAAACUAUUUCAUCUUCAGACUUGGAAUCUCAAGUCCGUUGGCUUGGGGAAUCAUUUUACCAGGCCAGAGAUGAAAUAAAUAAAUUACAAGACGAAAUUUCUAGGACUAGGGAAGCAGCACAAAAUGAGGUUGACCAGUUGACCACAUCCCUUUUGGCAGAGAUACAGGAAAAAGAUUAUCUUCAAAAGGAAUUGGAAGAUCUAACAUUCAGUCAUGAAAAAAUUACUGAACGAGAGCAGCAAAUUUCAUCAGAGAAACAUCACAUGGUGAGGGCAUUGCUGGAUGCUUCUGGAAUUACAAUGGACAAUGAAGAAGGGAUCCAUGAGCCUUCUUCUGAUGUGACCAUGCUCAUAGACAGAUGCUUGGGGAAGAUAAAAGAACAAAGUGAGAUCUCCGUUGAAUCUGCUCGCGCUGAUGAAGAAAUGUUUGAAAGAAUUCGAAGUCUCUUAUAUGUAAGAGAUCAGGAGUUGACGCUUUGUAAGGAAAUAUUAGAAGAAGAGAUGCCGAUGAGGUUGGAAGUGAGUAAUUUGACGGAUAAGUUAAGAAUGGUAUCCCAAGAACUUGUAGCACUGAAAGCUGAAAAGAGUUCUUUGCAGAAAGAUCUGGAUCGAUCUGAGGAGAAAUUAGCUCUACUGAGGGAAAAGUUAUCCUUGGCAGUUAAGAAAGGCAAGGGACUGGUUCAAGAACGGGAAAACUUGAAACAACUUCUGGAUGAAAAGAAUAAGGAAAUUGAGAAGUUAAAGCUGGAGUUGCAGCAACAAGAGUCUGCAUUUGGUGACUACAGGGGUCAGAUUGAUAAAUUAUCUGCUGAUGUGGAACGCAUUCCAAAGUUGGAGGCUGAUCUUUUUGCUUUAAAAGACCGAAGGGAACAAGAGCAGGAAAGCUUGAAAUUUCUUUUGGAUGAAAAGAAUAAUGAAAUUGAAAAGUUAAAGCUUGAUUUGCAGCAGCUGGAGUCUGCAUUUGGUGACCACAGGGAUCAAGUUGAUAGAUUGUCCACUGAUCUGGAACGCAUCCCAGGAUUGGAGGCUGAUGUUGUGGCUAUAAAAGAUCAGAGGGAUCAAUUGGAGCAGUUCUUAGUGGAGAGCAAUAACAUAUUACAGAGAGUAAUCGAGUCUAUCGAUGGUAUUGUUGUGCCCGGUGGUUUAGUUUUUGAAGAACCUGUAGCGAAGGUGAAAUGGCUUGCAGCUUACUUUAGUGAAUGUGAAGUUGCUAAGACACAUGCAGAGCAAGAGCUGGAGAAAGUGAGAGAGGAAACCAGUACUCUUUCCAGCAAGUUAGCUGAAGCCUACACAACUAUAAAAUCACAGGAAGAUGCUUUGUUAGUUGCAGAAGAAAACAUUUCUAGGCUUGCUGAAGACAAGAAGGAAAUUGAAGUUGGUAAGACGAAUGUUGAACAAGAGUUACAGAAAGCAGUAGAGGAAGCUGCUUUCCAGGCUAGCAAGUUUGCUGAGGUUUGUUCCGCCCAUACCUCCCUUGAAGAUGCGUUAGCGAUUGCAGAAAAGAAUCUUUCUGCUGUAAUGAAUGAGAAAGAGGAUGCUCAAGCUACUAGAGCUGCUGCUGAGACAGAACUAGAGAAAGUGAAACAGGAAGUUGCUUUUCAGUCCAACAGAGUGGAAGAGGCCUAUGCAACUAUAAAAUCAAUUGAAGGUGCACUUGCCCAUGCUGAAGCCAAUGCAGCUUUGCUAGCAGAAGAAAUGAAUGCUGCACAAGUUGAUAGAGCCAAUUUGGUUGAUGAGCUAAGAAAGGUCAAAGAGGAAGCUGCUUCCCAGGCUAUAGAGCUGGCAGAUGUGUAUACCACUGUAAAGUCAUUGGAAGGCACCUUAUCGAAGGCAGAGAAUAGUAUUGCUGAACUUGUUGAUGGGAAAAAGGUGGUUGAACAGGAGAAUUUAGUGCUUAAUUCCAGGUUAAAUGCAUGUAUGGAAGAGUUGGCUGGAACACAUGGCAGCUUAGAAAGCAGGUCUGUGGAGCUCUUUGGUCACCUUAAUGAUCUUCAGAUGCUUUUGAAGGAUGAAACUCUAUUAUCCUCACUGAAACAAACCUUUGAGAAAAAAUUUGAGAGCCUGAAAGACAUGGACUCUGUUCUCAAGAACAUAAGGGAACUUCUUAUUGAGAAGGUUUCUGAACAAUUGGGAAAUAAUCCUUUUGUGGAGGAAGAUUCCUCUGCUUCAAAGCGUUUCUCAGAUGGCCUUGAUGGUAUUGUGAAUGUUGGAAUGGCUAAUGAUGAGGCAAAUCCUGCGGAUGGCAAUGAUAUCUCUUCAUAUUUUAGAAAGACAGUGGAUGCAUUCCAUUCUAGAAACACAAUUCUUGCAGAUAAGAUUGAAGGCUUCUCCACUUCUAUGGAUGGAUUUAUUGCAGUUCUUUUGCAGAAGUUACAGGCAACGAGGGAUGAAGUAAUAGUUGUGCUUGACCACGUGGAAUCACUGAAACAGAAAAUGAAGAAUAUGGAAAUCCAAAAACAGGCCCAAGAGAAUACAGUGACCAUGUUAGAAAAUGAUAUUGGGAUUUUACUCUCUGCUUGUACUGAUGCUAAUCAAGAAUUACAGCUUGAAUUUGAGAACAAUCUACCAAAACUGAGCUCUGUCCCUGAGUUGGAAAGUUCUAAUUGGAGCCAGCUCACAUUUAUGGGAGAAAGAGAUGCAGCAGAGCAUCAACAAAGGAUUGAUAGCAGUAAAUAUGCAAAGACAGCAGAACAGUUGUCAGUUGCUACUAGAAAAGUUCAAACUCUGAUUCAAAUGUUUGAGAAUGCAAGGAAUGUGUCAGCCACCACCAUUAAAGAUUUGCAAAAUGAAUUGGAUGAAAUGAGAACAACUUCUGAAAAAGCCAUAGAAGAGAGGGAUAUAAACCAAAAAAGAGUUUCCAAGUUGGAGGCUGAUGCAGAAGCAUUACAAAACCAAUGCAACGACAUGAAGCUUAGACUAGAGGAUUAUCAGGAAAUAGAGGAGAAAUUGAAGGCAAGAGAAGCAGAAUUUUCAUCAUUCUCCAAUCAGGUUUUGAUGAAAGAACGAGAGGUAGAAGGUUCUCUCCUGUCAGCAUCCCAAGUGAAGGCUCUCUUUGACAAGAUAGAUGAGAUUAAAAUCCCUUUUGCAGAGUCAGAAGCAGAAGAAUUGGAGCCCCCAAAUGCAGUUUAUGUAAAGAAGCUGUUUCAUGUAAUUGACUGUGUUACUGAGUUGCAGCAUCAGAUGAAUUUAUUGUCUCAUGAAAAAGAAGAGCUGCAGUCAACACUUGCGACACAGGUUUUUGAAAUGGAACAUCUGAGGAAUGAUAAGCAGGACUCAGAAAAGUUGAAAAAUGAUUUGUAUGAACUGGAAUUAAGUCUGGAGAAAAUCAUCCAGAAGUUGGGGGGUAAUGAUUUAGUUGGAGACAAGAAAUCUGCUGGAGUGAUGGAACUAUUGACGGUAUUAGAAAAGCUGGCUAUGGAUAUAAUCCUGGAAUCUGAAAAUUCAAAAUCCAAAGCCCAGGAACUUGGUGCCAAGUUGCUUGGGGGUCAAAAGGUUGUGGAUGAAUUAUCAACCAAGGUCAAAUUACUUGAAGAUUCAAUUCAUGCUAGGGCAUCUCCACCAGAGGCAGUCCAGGAAAGGGGCAUCUUUGAAGCACCCUCAGUGCCGUCUGGAUCAGAAAUAUCUGAAAUUGAAGAUGUGGGACCACUUGGGACGAAUACAGUAUCACCUGUCCCAUCAGCUGCUCACGUGAGAACUCUGCGGAAGGGAUCAACUGACCACCUUGCACUAAAUAUUGAUUCAGAAUCUGAUCAUUUAAUCAAGGAAGAAACAGAUGAAGAUAAAGGUCAUGUAUUCAAGUCUCUUAACACAUCAGGGUUCAUCCCGAAACAAGGAAAGAUGAUUGCAGAUCGAAUUGAUGGAAUUUGGGUAUCUGGUGGCCGAAUUCUGAUGAGUCGUCCAAGAGCAAGGCUAGGCCUCAUUGCCUAUUGGCUCUUCUUGCACAUAUGGCUUCUGGGCACCAUUUUGUAACCAAGCCUGACCAUCUUCCCUCUGGAAAACACCCACACGAUUUAUCUUGUACCAUAGAUACAUGUUGUUUUCUCCAUUUGUCCCAGCUUACAUAGUUCUGUCCAAUACCGUCCAUAUUCAUAAAUUUGUUACCCUUGUUCUCUGAACGUUUUAGGGUUUCAGAGAAUCCAGUCCUCCAUAAUGUUCCAUAUUUUUCCAUCUUUUUGUUCCCAAUUGGAAUAUUUAACUAUAGAUUAAUACAAGAUAGUUGAACACUGAA